AUGCCCUUUGUGGCCUCGCUGCCCUCGACGGCCGCCUUGACCGCCGCCUCGAACCCAUCCCUCUGCAGCGCCUGCGCAAACGGGAUCAGCGUGUCCAUGACGCGCUCCAGCGAGGACAGACCCUCCAGCAGCGCCGCCGCCAGGCUUCCCACCAGGUCAGUUUGCGCAGCGGCGGCCGUCGCACCGCCACUCUCCGCGGCGCGACGUUCGACCCCGUUGCGGAACGCCACAAACAAGAUGCCCAGGAUCCCGCCCAGCGUGCCGCCCAUCUUGCUCUCGACAAUGUCCUCGAGCUCGUGCAGGACGGCGACGACGGACCCGCCGCGCGCGAGGCCCUUGUCCAGCGCGGCGAGGAGGUGGUCCGCGCCCGUCUUGAGCGUCUCGCCGCAGUCGCCGUCGCCCAUGACCAUGUCCCACUUGGUGAGGUCGGGCUCGGCGCGGGAGAGCUCCUCGCACGCCCUUCGCAGCAUCGCCUCGAGCGUCGCCGCGUCCGCCGUGAGGUCGCGCGCCGGGUCGACGGUCCGGUGCGGCUCGGCGGGUGGCUUGACGAACUGCUCCGCCCUGGGCCGGCGCGCCGACUGCGACCCGGCGUACGACUCCCAGUACGUGCUGGUCUUGACGUCGGCAAAGGCCUUGAUGUCGUCGACGGUGUAUUUGCAUGCUGCAGCCGCCGCCGUCACGUUGACGACUGAGACGGAAAACGCCGGAGCGUUGAGUGACGUCUCGAGCGGGCCGCAGUAG